AGGAUGCGCUUGCACACGGUAGCCCUCGCUGCUACCUUGGCCACCUCGUCGCCGCUCGUCGCCCUCGCUGCGGCCCUCCAGCUCCCGUUCGCCCCACCCUCCUCGCUCGCCGACUCGAGCCGAGCCCUCCAGCAGCCCGACUCGACGCCGCCGGUCGACUAUCCGUACCGCCAGCUGCCCUGGGGCGAGGUCAAUGUCCUCGCCACGACCGACACGCAUGGCUGGCUCCUCGGCCACCAGCGCAACGAGCCGAGCUUCAGCGGCGACUGGGGAGACUACUACUCGUUCGUGCAGCGCAUGAAGGAGGAGGCGCGGCGGCGAGGCGUCGACCUGCUCCUCGUCGACGCGGGCGACCGAGUCGACGGCAACGGCCUCGUCGACGCCGAGCCGUCGCCGCAUCCCAAGGGCUACACGGCGCUCGAGAUCUUCAGCCGCGUCCCCUACGACGUCGUCACGACUGGCAACCACGAGCUGUACAAGUACCCCGUCGCCUCCUACGUCUCGACCGUCAUGCACGACAAGUUUGGCGACCGCUGGGUCGUCAGCAACGUCAACAUCACGGCGCACGACGACGUGUCGGGCCGCGAGGUCGAGCGGCUCCUCGGGAACCGCAUGCGGCGGUUUGAGACGGAGCAAGGGCGCGAGGUCGUUGCGUUCGGGCCCCUGUUCGACUUCAAGGCUCAUGCGGCCGGUCUCGCUGUCCAGGCGCCGUCGCGCAUGGUCAAGGAGCCCUGGUUCCGCGAGGCGAUCGCUACAGCGCCCGACAUCUUCUUGCUCGUCGGCCACAUGUCGCUGCGCACCGAGCCCGACUCGGAGUGGAGCGCCGUCGUGCGCGCCAUUCGCGAAGUGCACCCGACGGUGCCGGUCCUCGUCUUUGGCGGCCACCACCACAUCCGCGACUGCGUCCAGGAGGACGAGUGCAGCAUGAGCCUCGCUGCGGGUCGGUACUUUGAGACUGUCGGAUUCAUGAGUGCGAGCGGCCUCAACGACUCGAGCAAGCCGCCAACGUUCAAGCGCCGGUACAUCGACCAAAACCGCAACUCGUACGAGUACCACGUCGGCAAAGGCUUUGACACGCCCGAGGGCAAGGCGAUCACCAAGGAGCUGAGCGAGACGGCCCGGCGGUUUAACCUGACCGAGCAGUUUGGCGUGGCCCCUCAAGACUACUUCUUGCACCGCUUCCCGCACACCGACCGCCGCUCGAUCUUCCGCCUCCUCACCGAGUCGGUCCUGCCGCAGCUCAUCACUCGGCCCGACCGCCCUGCGGCGCCGUACCUCGUCCUCAACACGGGCAGCAUUCGUUUCGACCUGUUCAAGGGCCCGUUCACUCGCGGCGACCAGUGGCAGAUCCUCCCGUUCGCCAACAACUUCCUCUUCCUCCCCUCGGUCCCGAGGGCCCGUGCGGCCAAGCUCCUCCACCACCUCAACGUCGUCGGCGAGCACCGCCUCGCGUCGACCGCCUCGGCACUUACCUCGGCACUUACCUCGGCGUCGGCGCCCGAGACGGACGAGGAGCGCGCGUGGCUCGCGCAGCAGAGCGCCGACGUGCGCCUCGCCGCCGACGCCGCCGCCCUCGAGCACGCGCACAGGCGCGCCUCGUCGCCGCCCCUCUCGCCCUCGUCGAGCUCGUCGAGCGCGCACGACGACGGGCGGUGGCGCAUACGGCGGGCGUCCGAGGGCUACGUCACGCGCGACGCGUGCGGCGGGUCCGACCCGGUCGAGCAGCUCGGCGACGACACGCUGCACCGGUCGUACCGCUCGGCGCGCCAGCCCAUCUUUGUCUCGACUGCGCUCCCGGGCGCUUCGAGCAUCGGCGCCGAGGCGGGCGGCGAGGCGGCGGCGGCGGCGUCGGCGCAGGAGGAGGAGAGCGGGCCCGAGCCCGGCGUCGACGUCGUCUUCUUCGACUUUAUCGCGAUCGACGUCGUGCGUGGGCUCAACGCGCUCGGCGGCAAGGAGGACGGCGGCAGGUACCGCCUCGACGAGGUCGAGCGGUACGUCGAGUGGGUGUCGGCCAACACGCUCCUCGAGGAAUAUGCCAAGCGGGCGUGGUCGUAGACGCCACCGAGCGAGAGGACGUGUAUUUACCGUCGAGACGUU